AUGGCUGAGGACGAGAAGGGCCCUGUCACGGGCAGGGCGCCCGGGUUCGGCGAGGCACCUCUUCCUCCCGACACAGGGGCUCCGGCCCUCGGCUCAGGGAGCUGCACCCCCCAGUCCAUCGCCCUGGCCCAGCCCGUGCCCGCAGGGCACCCCGACCUCAGGCUGCUGCCUGGAGAAGCCGCUUUCCAGGAUUUGACCGAAGAGCCUUUGUUGAAAAGGCCACGCACCACCUGCGAGGCCCUGUGGGAAGGCAGCCUCCUCUCCCUCCCCUUCCCCAGGAAGCUGUGGACAAUCGUCAACAGCGGUCGCUUUGCAUCCAUUUGGUGGAAGGAAGACGGGACUUGCAGAGGCAUCAACAGGCAGCUGUUUCAAAAGGAGGUUUUGGACAGGGACGGCCUGGACAAGGUGUUCGAGACAGACUGUAUGAAGAGCUUCAUCCGCCAGCUUAAGCGCUAUGGAUUCAGCAGAGUGCGCCAGGACAUGCACAUGUCCCUCUGCCUGCCCAACCUCUCCCCGAAGGAGCGGCCCGCCCACGUCCUGAGCCAGUUAUGCUUCUACCGCAGCCCCCUGUUUAAGAGAGGCUGCCCGCACCUCCUCGUGAGGAUGAAGGGGAGAGUGCGCACUAAACCUGCAUCCUGGAAGGUGGACGGCAAGCCGGCAGCCCUGGGGUACCUCCCGGCGCCCAGCGCCUCGGAGCCGCAGGACGGCCUCCCACCCUAUCCUGAGGACAUCCAGGGGACCCCGAGCGACCCGGAACUUGACCAUGCAGCCGCCCUGGCCAGGACUGACUCUGUCCCUCCGGCCCCUCCUUGGACAGCAGCCGAGCCCCCUGCGCCGGAUCCCGACGUGCAGGCUCUGGUCCCUCUAGGCCCUGGCCUGGCAGAGGUGGCCCAGCCCGCCGAGGUCCCCUGGGUCUGCUUCGCCUGGCCUCCCGCCCAGAUGAGUCCUCCCUGGCCCGUGCUGGGCCUGGCCGCCACGCCCCCCCAGCUCCUCAGCCUGCCCCCCCGCGUGGCUCCCGGUGGCCGCGCCGCUGCCUCUUGCGCCCCCUGGAUGCCCGAGGUGGCCGCCAGGCCUGCCGCCUCCCUGACCUUGAUCCCUCGGCCCCUGAGCCCCUUCUGCUACUACUGCGUGGGCUCCCGCUGUUUCAUGGAAUUCCCGGCCCCUCCGGGCGGGCCCACAGAGGACCCUGACCAGGCAGACCCUGCAGACACACGGAGGUGGUAA